GUGUGUAAAUGUGUGCGUGUGUUUGUGUAAGUGUGAGUGUCUCAGUGUGACAUUUGCAUGUCAACACGCGACUCAGGUGUGUGUGCAUGGAUGGGCGUGUAUGUCAAUGUCCUCUUCACAUGGAGUGUAAUUAACUCAGCAAGAAACAAGAGAAGAGAGGAGAGGUGAAAGGAGGAAGAGAUGAAAACACAGUAAUAACAAACUGAGGAAACUGCCUAAAGAGAGAGGGAGUGAAAGAGAGACUGACCGAGUGUCAAAGCUGCUGGAACCCUGGUCAUUUUAGCAAACUACCACUGCCACCAGAGAGCCUCACAGACAGGAAGGAUUAUCUCUCCUGCUGGGCUGGUGGGACAUCAACUCUAAUCUCUCCUACACACACACACACACACACACACACACACACACACACACAUGGACACCUUGUGUAGCCUGUAAAAAGACCUUUGCCUUUGGAGUAUGGAUUAUUGACUUUGUCGACAGUGCAUGGUAGCCAUGUUUGAAGUACUUAAGUAAGGUUAUAGUACUAUGAGCAGCAUUAACACAUUACUUUUUAUCAUGUUUUGAACAUUAUACUGGUAUUUGAGCAUGAUUUGAGUACAGUAGUUUGAACUGUAACACUAAUAGUAGAGCCAUCUGACUGUAGUAUUUUGAAUAUAAUGCUACAGUCUGAGUAUCGCCCUUUUGAGUGUGGUAUGUUGCGCAUAGUCCUUUGUACUUAGAAUGUCGUGUUUACUGUGCACUUGUUUGAGGUUCAUUUUUCCUGUCAGUUCGACCAUCUGACUGUCCACUGCUCUGAAGCCACUGAGGUCAAAAUGCCUUGCUUAAGAGCAUUGCUGCAGUGGGUGCAGAGUGUGUCUCCCAGGUGGUGGUGAGGCGGGUUUCAGCUGGCAGUCUUUCCUUCUCAAGUCCAUUCAUGUGUGGGAUUCUGUUUUCCAGCUUGGCCACAAACAUUUUGGGUCUGCAGGUAAAGAGGACUUUGGAAACAAUUGCUACCUCAAGAUGGUGCUGUUCUACUAAGAAUAUAUGGAUUUUUUCUUAUAUUGGGAAUUCUUCAAGGUAUAUCCAGAAUUCCAGGUGUCUUGGAUGUGACAGGACAUGAGAUCAUAGCAGCUUUGCACAUCAGUCACUACGCAGUCUCAUGGAUCCUAACCCAGGAGCAGACACCGUUUUAGGACAGGGGUCUGGACUGGAGGUCUCGGGGAUUGAGCCUGAAGAAAGAGGCGGAGGAAUGGGGAGAGAGUUGCCAGGUUUGGCAAGAGAAGAUGAAGAAUUCAGCUCUGCGUCUUCCUCCUCCAACUCCUCUCUGCCCUCCUCCUCACUUCUGCUCCCGUCUGCCCCACCCUUUGAUCUCAUGGAAAAGGAUGAAAAGCAGACUGGCUGCUCCAGAACUUUUACUGGACUCAAAAUGUUCUCUAGGAGGAAAGCAAUAGCCAAGUCUGGCCUUCACCAGCUGCCCUGUCAGCCCAGUACAUCAUGUCUCAACACAACCGACUCAGAAGCAAAUAUUCGAAGUACCGUGGAUUGGACCGAGGCGGCUCUAUAUGGAGAUCAUAUCUGGUUUGAGACUAAUGUGUCUGGAGACUAUUGUUAUGUAGGAGACCAACACUGUAUUGCCAGAGCACUGCAAAAGUCAGUCAGUCGUAGAAAGUGUGCGGCCUGUAAGAUAGUCGUCCACACCAUCUGUAUAGAACAACUGGAGAAGAUUAAUUUCCGUUGUAAGCCAUCUUUCAGAGAAUCGGGCUCUAGGAACAUACGGGAGCCCAUUGUUGUGCGUCACCAUUGGGUGCAUCGGAGGCGGCAAGAAGGGAAAUGUAAACAGUGUGGGAAGGGCUUCCAGCAGAAGUUUGCUUUCCACAGUAAGGAGAUUGUUGCCAUUAGCUGUUCCUGGUGCAAACAGGCUUACCACAACAAGGUGACCUGCUUUAUGCUGCAGCAGAUUGAGGAGGCUUGUCCAAUAGGAGCUCAUGCUGCCCUCAUAGUACCGCCCACAUGGAUCAUACGGGUUCGACGCUAUCAGUCAUCCAUCAAAUCCAGUAAGAAGAAGAAGAGAGCAUCAUUUAAAAGGAAAAGCAGCAAGAAAGGAGCAGAGGAAGGACGGCUGUGGAAGCCAUUUCUAAUCCGACAAAUCCCCUCACCUCUGAUGAAGCCGCUGCUGGUGUUUGUCAACCCCAAGAGUGGAGGAAACCAGGGCAAUAAAAUACUCCAGUCGUUCAUGUGGUACCUGAACCCCAGACAGGUGUUUGAUCUGAGCCAAGGUGGACCUAAGGAGGGGCUGGAGCUGUAUCGUAAAGUCCACAACUUAAGGAUUCUGGCCUGUGGAGGAGAUGGAACAGUGGGCUGGAUCCUGUCUUGUCUUGAUGAACUGGCAUUGAACCCUCAACCCCCUGUUGCUGUGUUACCACUGGGGACAGGAAAUGAUCUUGCCAGGACCCUGAACUGGGGAGGGGGCUAUACAGAUGAACCAGUGUCUAAGAUCCUGUCCCAUGUUGAGGAUGGAGUUGUAGUCCAACUAGACAGAUGGAAUCUACAGGUUGAACCAAACUACAGCCUAGGGGCUGAACAGGAUGAACAACAAACUGACAAGCUUCCUCUAGAUGUGUUCAACAAUUACUUUAGCCUUGGAUUCGAUGCCCACGUGACUCUUGAGUUCCACGAGUCAAGAGAAGCCAACCCGGAGAAGUUCAACAGUCGUUUUAGGAAUAAGAUGUUCUAUGCUGGGACAGCAUUCUCAGAUUUCCUGAUGGGAAGUUCUAAAGACCUGUCCAAGCACAUCAAAGUGGUGUGUGAUGGGAUAGAUUUAACAUCAAAGGUUCAGGACUUGAAGCUUCAAUGUCUGGUCUUCCUCAACAUCCCCAGGUACUGUGCAGGCACUACACCAUGGGGAAACCCGAGUGAACACCAUGACUUUGAACCUCAACGUCACGACGAUGGAUACAUUGAGGUCAUUGGAUUCACCAUGACAUCAUUGGCUACUCUGCAGGUUGGAGGUCAUGGAGAAAGGUUGAACCAGUGUAGAGAAGUCACCCUCACCACCACAAAACCUCUUCCAGUACAGGUUGAUGGUGAACCAUGUAGAUUAGCUCCCUCUGUCAUCCAUAUCAGCCUCAGAAAUCAGGCCAACAUGGUUCAGAAAACUAAACGACGGACCUCACUGCCACAUCUUAAUGACCAACAGCCAGUUCCAGAAAGGUUGAGGAUCAGAGUCAGCAGGAUCAGUAUGACUGACUAUGAGGCUCUACACUAUGACAAGGAAAAACUACGACAAGCAUCCAUUCCUGUGGGUCUGAUCGUGGUCCCUGGUGACAGUGAUCUGGAAACAUGCAGAGAGCACAUCCAGCGACUGCAGGAGGAGGAAGCAGCCAAACCAAAGAGCCUUUCCUCACAGAAGUUGUCUCCCAAGUGGUGUUUCCUAGACUCUACAACAGCAGAUCGUUUCUACAGAAUAGACAGAGCACAGGAACACCUAAACUACGUAUCAGAAAUUUCUCAGGAAGAGCUUUUCAUUCUGGACCCUGAGCUGGUUGUCAUGACGACAGUAGGCACUUCCCCCUCAGCCAUGCCUGACCUGGUUCACUCUAAUCUCAACCAGGUAAACACCAGGGAAAGACCCUCUAAUCAAACCCCCAGUGAGGUCUUUGUGUACCCAGCUGCUUCCUCUUCCUCCCCAACAGCGUCACCCUCACUUCCCAGCACAUCCCAGAGGCAGAGAGUAAGCAGUGACAGCUCUGUGUCUGAAGCUUUAUCACAGAACACAGCACCCACAACCAGCAAACUCAGCAGGGUGAGCUGCGUUCGUCGUUCCAACACUACUGCCGCUGAUUUCACACCAACAGUGAGACAGGAAAAACGGCAACAGAACAGUGGAACGGACGGAGAGGGAGAAAAAGAGAUGUUGAUCGAGUCUGUGAAGAACAAGGACCUGAAGAGGCUGCAAGAGCUGCACCUUAAGGGAGCAGACCUCACAGGUGUCGAUCAAUCAGGCUGCAGUUUGCUGCACCAUGCUGUGGAUAUAGGAAGCAAGGAGAUGGUCCGCUACAUCCUUGAGAAUACUCCUAACGAUUUGCUUGAUGUCACAGAAAAACUACAUGGGGAGACAGUUCUCCAUAGAGCAGCAUCUUUAUGUCAGAGGACUAUCUGUCAUUAUCUGGUAGAAGCUGGAGCCUCAUUGAUGAAAACUGACUUACAAGGUGAUACUCCUAAAAACAGGGCUGAGAAGGCCCAUGAUGCUGAAUUGGCAGCCUAUCUGGAGAACAGACAGCAUUACCAGAUGAUACAAAGAGAGGACCAGGAAACAGCUGUUUGACACUUUGCAACUGUUUCCAUCAAAUGAGAGGACGAAGAAGCUGCUGUCUUGUCCUUCUAACUUAGUAACCUUUUGAAGAAAUUUGGGAUUACCAGUGGGAUACCAAUGCAAGAGAGGACGACCAAAAAUCCAAGUUCCAAGUAACUGAGGACACCUGGAUUGUGGGAAGGUUAUCAAGCUCAGAUUCAAACCCAGUAAACUGAGUAUCAGGCUCUGAGACCCAGUAUUAUUAAAACAGCAUUCCUCUUGUUGGUAUAGGAGCCAGCCAAGGUAAGCCUGUUUCAACUCAGUCUCAACGUGUUUUUGGAUGUUUUUCUGAACAUGGACAAAGUGUCUUCUUCAGGUGCAUCACAUCCCCUCUGAACUUCUGAAAACACUCCAAUAUAUGUAAAGCCUUACAAGAGGUGAUGUCUAUUCAAAAUCAGCAUCCUGAAGGAACUUCAGCAGGAACCAAUGGAAAGCCUAUUUUUUUCUGCUGGCAUUUCUUAGCAGCAUACCGUAGAGGGACAAAUGGUGCCAAAUCUGAAGUGGCUAUUUGGAAUUUUUUUUUUUUAAUAAACAGUGACAACUGAUCAAAAGUAAACAAUCCAAACAUACAGGACAGAAGAAAAUUUAGAUUUUGAUGGAAUAAUUCUGAUGUUGUUUUUAACAUUCUUGUUGAUGAAAGAGUCAGAGUUGCCUUUUACACAUAUUCAUAUCAGAUGAUUUUAAAGACUUGAAUCAAAGUGCAGACCGAGUCUCUCUGCCAGGCGCACAUGGAGAUUGGCUGAUUUAGUUUGGUUUCAUUUCUAAUUGGUUCGUCUUUGCUCAAAUUGUUGUCUCUUAUCAGGCAUUUAUCAGUGCAUACAAUUUCUACACAGUACUUCUCAUGUCAGGGACUAACUGAAGCAAUUUAGUUUCUCAGUGUGGAGCCAAAUUUCUUGGAACAGUCAGAUUUAUAAAAAAAAAAAAAAAAAAGAAAAGAAAAGAAAAAAAGAAAAAUAGAAUAAAAUUAAAUUAAAUUAAAAAAAUGAAUUCAGAAAUUUAUGAUAAAAAAAAAAAACUUUCAGUUCCUGUUUAUUGAUUGUGGCUAUUUUGAGCCAUGUAAUGAAAUAAGGUUAUUUUAUUAAUCUUAAGGUACAUCAUCAUUUACAUUGUGAUCAUACUGUACGUUUGUUUCCCAUGUUUGUGGUGUAUAAAAUGUGGGUCUUCUAUUUCACUCAACCACAUCACAAUAUUUGUGAACUAUAUGCUGUAUUUUGUUGACUAUUCCAGAAAUGAAUAUUUUAUAUUGUGAUUGAUUUGUUUCUUUUUCAAGGCAUGAAUGAAUGAACGAAUGAACAAAUGUCUGAGGUUGAAAAUUCAGGUCUGAGAUUAAUUUGCAAUCAUUUCAACCAAUUUCAAAUGUUACUCUGAAAUUAAUUCUCAAUAAUUUCUUAAUAACUUAGAAACAUCAUCCUUCUUCAUAGGUUUUUCAGUAUUAAACUGAAUAUUCCCUUCCUGAUUGUGGGAACUGAAAUUGAAUUAACUAUGAUAUAGCAUGUGUACCCAAAUGGACUUGGUGGUCUAUGUAUAGUCCAGUUGCCUACAAUUCAAACAGUCCAUUAGCACUGAUUACAUGAUGUUAGUGUAGGUUACCACAAGUUUAUUUAAACCUUUACAUUUCCAAUCCCGCUAUUAAAUUGAUUGCUGGAGGUGCACGAAAUGUCACACAUGAAAAAUAUAUUUGUAAUGUAUUUGACAUUAAAGUUCACAUGAUCACUUGUGUCCUAAGGAGGUUCUAUGACCCUGAGGCCAUUAAAAAAAAAAAAAAUA